AUGGAUCCUAUUGUUCGAUACUUGGCACAGGGGGAGCUCCCCCCGAGCAGGAUAGAGGCCCGCAAAAUUCUCCUUAAGUCGCAGAAAUACACGCUCGCGCAGGGAGUCCUAUAUAGGAAAUCCUACUUGCAACCCUGGCUGAAGUGUAUAACACCAGAGGAAGGGGGCUAUGUCUUGCGCGAGCUGCAUGAGGGCAUUUGUGGUAAUCAUGUGGGUACCAGGGUAUUGGCCAAGAAGGGAAUGCUGGCCGGAUACUAUUGGCCCACCAUCUUCCGAGACUCGGCCGAGCUAGUGGCUCGGUCUAUUGAUUACUUCACCAAAUGGGUGGAGGCUGAGCCCCUCGGUACGAUCAGCAGCAGGUCGAUCCAGAAGUUCCUGUGGAAAGGCAUAAUCUGCCGAUUUGGCAUACCCAGGGCUCUCGUCUCGGAUAAUGGCCGACAGUUCGCGGAUCGUUCGCUCCAAGAGUGGUGCACUGAACUCGGCAUCCAGCAGCACUUCACCUCGGUAGGGCACCCCCAGGCCAACGGGCAGGUCGAGAAUGUCAACAGAACCAUCCUGCACGGUUUAAAGACAAGGAUAGAAUCUGCCCGGACGGGUUGGCUAGACGAGUUGCCCACUAUACUUUGGGCUUACCGGACUACGCCUCGGACGGCUACUCAGGAAACUCCAUUUGCUCUGGCCUAUGGGAUGGAAGCAGUAAUCCCUGCGGAAAUUGGGAUGCCAUCAUCCAGGGUGCAGCACUUCGUGGCCCAGAGCAACGAGGAAGGAAUGCGGCUCGACCUGGACCUGCUUGAGCAUAGAAGGGAAAAAGCAGCUAUAAGAAUGGCUAAGUAUAAAGGCCAGGUCGCGCGUUACUACAAUGCCAGAGUAAGGCACCUCUCUUUCAAGCCAGGGGACCUGAUGCUACACAAAAAUUCCGUAAGCCGAGCUGUGGGCACAGGCAAGUUAGACCUGAAUUGGGAAGGCCCUUAUGUCGUAAAGGAAGCUGACCGAACAGGUUAUUGCAAGCUAGCUCGUCUGGAGGGAGGCGAAGUCCCACGCACUUGGCACAACUCAAAUUUAAGGCUUUUUCUUUAA